GUCUCCCACGACCCUUUUUGUAACAAAUGCGACGGGCCAUUUGGGACCGUUUCCAAACAGGCGCUAACCUCCCCAGGGGGGUGUCUUACAACGCCGCGAAGAUGAAGCACUGGCCCUCACAAAAGGUGCCCGAAAACUUCGCCUUCACCCCGGAACAACGUCUAAAGGCAAAGGCACUCCCCAGGGAUACAGGAGCGAUCCCAAAGGCCUUCGUUCUCUCCGUUCUUUAUCGCCACCAGCCCUGCGAGGUCGGGGCACUCUGGGGGCAUUGCGUAGAGGACCCACAGAUCGUGCUGGACAGCAAACUCCAUCUUCGCGAGGUCCUCCAACAGGCCCGAAGUGAGGGCUUUAUUAGCUUCGAGAUGGAUCCGAUCACCCACCACUGGUUAUGCCACCUCACGCGAGAACGCUACGAGGAGGUCCGGAGCCUCGUGGUGACGAGGAAUUCUGGAAUUGAACAGGGCCUAAAGCAGAGGCCCGCCGCGGACGAAACGGCGAAUCUCUCCAGGGGGUUUGAAGCCAUGGAUCAGGAAACCAAAAAACGGCAUCUCGAACGGCUUACUGAGCAAAUCGCCGAGGUCGCGACCCAUCUUAGGCAUUUCCAGCGAACGGAAAUUGACUACCUGCCCUAUACCGAUCUUAACGGAAAAGUGAACUUCAUGUGGUGGUACGAAACAGUCGAUACCAAGACUGCCCUCCCGCCUUCUAAUGAUGCCAUGGAUAAGCAUCUCGAGGAGUCGUACGCUAACCCAACCACAAGGUAUAUCCAAGACAAAUCAAACGAAGGUUCUCAAGGAUGACUUUGAUCUUACGCAGAAUCAGUGGGGUUUCUAUUCUUCGCGUACAAGGAUAUUGAUAUUCUUGUUUGUAUAAUGCACGACUAAGGGAAUGAGUUUGGUCUUGAACUUCUCAAAAA